AUGAAGAUGCGCACCUCCGCCACUCUCCUCGUCGGUCUUUCAAGCUGCAUUGCCACCACGGUUGCGUUUCCUCGUAUCCGCAUCUACAACUCAGCUCGAGACGCCAUCCUCGCCCACGCUGUCAAUGUCAACCAAAAGGCACCUUCGUACUCGGUCGUGCCCCUGGAGCCCGGCCCCGCCACGCAGACGGGAGGAGACUCUGGAGAUGAUGGCAGCAACACCAGCGGUGGCAGCAGUCCAACCGCUACUGGCGGCGGUGGCAGCCCUCCCCAUUCGCAAAGCGCUGCAACUGUGACAGUGACCGAAACUGUUACGCAGACGCAAACGAAAGGCGCUGUCACGAAAUAUAUCACGGUGACGACGAAUCCGGAAACUGUCACGGCUGGCCCUGAGACGGUGAUUGUGCCAACCUUUGUUACAAAGGUUGUGAACAACACUCAAACAGUCACGGUAUCUGAAGUCGUUACGGGCAUCCAGAACGAUACCAAGACGGUUACUGUUCCCACUACCGUCGUUGAGCCUUCUACGGUUGUCGUUUCCGCUACUCCCACGACGUUGGUCACGGUCACCACCGUCAGCGCUGGCAACUCAUCCGCUGCUCACGAAACUACCACUACCUCGAAAACCAUUACCACCGCUGAGGAUAGCACGACUUUGACUACAUCCAAGUCUCUGACCUCUAGUGAAAAGCCUGCUGGGACAGAAACCGCACCCGCGCAAAGAUCCUCGGAGUCUGCCACCCAGAUUAGCACCCACGCCAGUCACUCUUCUCAGCCCACGGCCAUACAGACUACUCCUGGGACAGCGAUCUCUACGGUUUCCAGUGCGAGACCUAGCACGACUUCUUUGGCAGGAACUGCUUCGACCACCGAUGCGCCGUCGUCGGCCACGCCACCGGUUGAUGAUGGCCAAUGGACUCACACUUUUGACAAUGGCCAGUGGCAUCCUCCCUACCCCUCAACCAAUACCACUGGUCGACGUCUCUGA